AUGUUUAAAUAUACUUUGCAGUCACUUAAUCGACCGACCGCUGCUACCGUGAUUCCCAAAAGAGGCAGAUCAACUUCCUGUUCUACUGGCCUACUGGUCACUCGCUGGACGCAAUCAAUUUCAUCUGGUCAAGCUGCCGAACGCCCAUCUACCGAAAUAUCAUCGCUGCUCGAGCAGAGGAUAAACGGGAUUCAAGGCUCACCUAACCUUGCUGAGUCUGGCCAUGUCCUGUCUGUCUGUGAUGGUAUUGUUCGCGCGCGUGGGUUGACGAACGUUCAAGCUGAAGAACUUGUUGAAUUUGAAUCUGGAGUCAAGGGGAUGUGUAUGAACUUGGAGUCCAGUCAUGUCGGUAUUGUUCUUUUUGGUUCUGAUCGUCUGGUUAAACAGAGUGACCCUGUCUGGCGAACCGGCGAAAUUGUGGAUGUUCCGGUUGGUCCUAAUAUGCUAGGACGGGUGGUUGACGCACUGGGAAACCCUAUUGAUGGAAAGGGACCCAUUGACACCACCGAAAGGAGUCGUGCCCACAUCAAAGCUCCUGGUAUUCUGCCUCGCCGUUCCGUCAAUCAGCCUGUCCAAACUGGUCUAAAGGCCAUCGAUGCCUUGGUGCCUAUUGGCAGAGGCCAACGUGAACUGAUUAUCGGUGACCGACAGACGGGAAAGACCGCUAUCGCCCUGGACACGAUUUUGAAUCAAAAACUAUGGAAUAACCAAAGUGAUGAAUCCAAAAAGUUAUACUGCAUUUACGUGGCUGUCGGACAGAAGCGGUCCACGGUAGCUCAGUUAGUCAAGACCCUGGAAGAAAACGAUGCUAUGAAAUAUUCCGUCAUUGUGGCUGCAACGGCGUCUGAAGCUGCUCCUCUGCAAUAUCUUGCCCCUUUCGCCGGCUGUGCUAUGGGGGAGUGGUUCCGAGAUAAUGGUCGGCACGCCAUUAUUAUCUAUGACGAUCUGUCAAAGCAUGCAGUUGCCUAUCGUCAGAUGUCGCUGUUGCUUCGUCGCCCCCCUGGACGUGAAGCUUACCCCGGAGAUGUUUUUUACCUCCAUUCUCGCCUCUUGGAACGUGCAGCAAAGUUGAAUGAUAAAAAAGGAGGUGGCUCACUCACUGCUCUUCCUAUUAUCGAGACACAAGCCGGCGAUGUAUCGGCGUACAUUCCUACGAACGUCAUCUCCAUUACGGAUGGGCAGAUAUAUCUAGAAGCUGAACUCUUUAAUAGAGGCGUCCGUCCUGCAAUUAACGUUGGACUAUCCGUUUCUCGGGUUGGCUCUGCGGCCCAGGUUAGAGCUAUGAAACAAGUAGCUAGCUCACUCAAGCUAUAUUUAGCACAGUACCGCGAGAUUGCUGCGUUUUCUCAGUUCGGAUCAGACCUUGAUGCUGCCACCAAGCAAACUCUCAGACGUGGUGAGCAUUUGGCAGAACUGCUGAAACAAAAGCAGUACGCUCCGAUGGCUGUCAAUGAGAUGGUUCCCUUGCUGUAUGCUGGGAUCAAUGGUCUUAUUGACGGAAUAUCCAUCAGCCAAAUCCAACGCUGGGAAACUAACAUUCUCGCCCAUUUUAAAGAGUCUGAGCCUGAGGUUCUCGCCAAAAUCGAAAAGGAUGGCGAGCUGAGCCGUAACCUAGAAGCUCAAAUUAAGGACAUAAUUAUUGCGUUCAAUAGAGCCUUUCCUUGA